UAUUGAAAUUCCCAUCAUUCUCUCUCCUCUCUGUGUUGCUGCCUCCUCCCUCAAGAAAACUCUCCUUCAUCUCUCUCUGUGACUGAAAGAAGCAAGGAAAAGGUCGGCAAUGGAAGGUGAAGGAGUUCAGCAGCCACAGCUUGUGCUCGCCAACAAUCUCUUCCUGCUCACGCAGAACGACGUCGACGACAUUGAAAAAGUGCGCCUCCGCGAUGAGGUCUUCAAAUUCAUCGUUGCCAACGAUAUGGCUCCAUUGUACGAAACCCUAGUUGCCAGCAAGGUAUUGGAUUUGGAUCAGAAGGCACUUGACUCGAUGAGCUCCAAGAUCGAUGAUGAAUUGAAGAAGCUCGAAGAGAAGAUUGCUGAUGCAGAAGAGAACUUGGGUGAAAGUGAAGUUAGGGAAGCUCAUUUGGCCAAAUCAUUGUUUUAUAUUCGAAUUGGUGACAAGGAAAAGGCACUGGAACAACUUAAAAUAACAGAGGGCAAAACUGUUGCAGUUGGACAAAAGAUGGAUUUGGUAUUCUACACACUACAAAUUGGUUUCUUUCACAUGGACUUUGAUCUUAUCUCCAAAAGCAUUGACAAAGCUAAGAAAUUGUUUGAGGAGGGUGGUGAUUGGGAGAGGAAGAACCGUUUGAAGGUGUAUGAGGGUUUAUAUUGCAUGUCCACUCGCAAUUUCAAGAAAGCGGCUGAUCUUUUCCUUGAUUCUAUUUCGACUUUUACAACUUAUGAGCUUUUCCCCUACGACACCUUCAUAUUUUAUACUGGUCUCACGAGCAUCAUAUCGUUGGAUAGAGUUUCACUAAAACAGAAGGUGGUGGAUGCACCAGAGAUCCUGACCGUCAUUGGCAAAAUCCCAUACUUAUCAGACUUUCUGAACUCUUUAUAUGAUUGCCAAUAUAAAUCAUUCUUUAUCGCUUUCGCUGGCUUGACCAAGCACAUUAAGUUGGACCGCUAUUUGCACCCACACUUCCGGUACUACAUGAGGGAGAUAAGAAGUGUUGUAUACUCGCAGUUCUUGGAAUCUUACAAGAGUGUAACCAUUGAAGCUAUGGCAAAAUCAUUUGGCGUGACAGUGGAUUUCAUAGACAUGGAACUAUCUCGGUUCAUUGCAGCGGGGAAGCUACAUUGCAAGAUAGACAAAGUUGCAGGCGUGUUAGAAACCAAUCGGCCCGAUGCAAAGAAUGCUCUCUACCAGUCUACCAUCAAGCAAGGGGAUUUCCUCCUGAAUCGCAUCCAGAAGCUGUCACGUGUUAUUGAUCUUUGAACUUGGCUUACGAUUAUAAUGUGUUUACAACUCAAAACUAGUAAAAUUUCACAAUACAUGUAGCCCUCUCCCAUUUGAUUAAUGUUGUUUUUCAACGUCAUUACUUGCUACUAGUUUCCGAAAUGAUUUUGAUCCUGGAAAUUUGAUUACUACUCCUCCAAUUAAGCUGGGAGCUUCUAUGA